AUUUCUGACUAGUAAACGCGGCAAAAAGUGAUAAAAUCAGCUAUGGAAGCUAUAUAUAUAUAUAUAUGUAUAUAUAUAUGAUUGGCUGACCUUACAAAGAAAUGAAAGAACGAUGAUUUCGCAAACUAAACAAACAUAUUAAUACAUAUUAAUAUAGAAUUGUGUUGUACUUGUCAUUUAGUUUAAAUUUUCACCAAGGAAGAUAUGUAUACAUUGAUUUAAAUAUAUUAUAACGAAUUUUUAUAUGAUUUUUAACUAAAUAAAUAAUUCUUAUUUAUCUAUAAAAAUUGUAAUAUCAAAUUUUACGUUUUGGAAUAAUAAACCGACAUAUUUGAAUAUUGGGAUAUAUUCUAAUCCAACAAAAUUAUUAAUCUUGGCAUAGAGGUUAAACAUAAAUAAAUUGCCAAAAUAAAUUAAUUUUAAAAAGUUAGAAUAAAAGUUAUAGUAAAUAUUAAUACAAUGUAACAAUUCCAAAAAUGUUAAUAUAUAUAUAUAUGUAUAUAAGCUAUUUAACAAUAUUUGGGAUAAAUAAUAGAGAAAAAUAAUAAUAAAAUAAUAACAGUUAAUAGAAGGUAAAGUAACAUAGACAAAAGAUGCCUGCAGUAAUAGUAGGAGCACCUCAACGUAGUGAACAGAUGUGGCAAGCAUUAAAGACUCAUAUUACAAGGGAACGACAACGAAAAAAACAGGGUAUAAUUUAGUUUGAUUAAUAACAAGAAGCUGAUGCGGAAGAAGAACGUCAAAGAAAAGAAAGAGAACGUCAGCAAAAGCAAGAUGUUAUGACUUUAGGUGAAACACGUGAACAAAUAUCUAAUCUUGAAAAUGAAUUGGCACAACUGAAGGAUGAAAAACAUCAAUUAUUUUUACAAUUAAAAAAAGUUCUUAAUGAAGAUGAUAAUAGAAGACGUCAACUUAUUAAGGAAACAAGAGGCUGUUCUGAAGUAUUAACAGCAGUUGGAGGAUAUCCUGGUACAGUUUCGCAAGUAGUACAGUCUCCACUAUUUUUACCAUUACCACGUAGCAGUAGUCCUUUGUAUAACAAAGUAGCAGUUGGUGCACCAACGCAUACUCUUCUACCAAGUGGUCCAUUAAAAAGAUCACACAGUCCUUCACCUCCACCAACAGCAUCUCCAUACCAUACUGGAUAUGGAUAUAAACCACCACCUUCUAUUUCAAGUUACAAUCCACCUCCACCUAAAUCUGAGGAUGCUGCUAGAAGAUCUAAUGAUUCUAGAGCUGUUCUUUGGAAUAAAAACAAUCAAUAUUCUGCAUCAAACUUCUAUUCUACACCUACUGGACAAAGUGUUUAUAGUUAUUCUGCUCCAACUUCACAGCAGUCUAGAGAACCUGAACUUGCAAAACCAGUAUAUUUAUCAGGAAGUAGAGCAGCUUUAUCUACACAUCAAACAGCAUACGUAACUAGUUUACACACUCUAGAACAUAAAGGUGCAUAUGCAGAAGAUAAAUUUUAUCUUCGCCCUGGUAGUCAUGUUACUGUACAUGGUGGUGCUAUGCCAAUUCAACAACCAACACAAACAUUUGAUUUUGUUUUAAAGGGAGCCAAAACAGGUGGUAUUACUUCUGGAUAUCCAGUAAGAGCACCUCAACCACCACCUGGACCAUAUCCUCCCCCACCCCCUGGAACUUACGUUAAUGCAUCAGGCGCUAAUAUACCUGGUCGUUUACUGUAUACACAACCUGGCGCACGUUAUUUACAAAGAGAAGUAUAGAACUAAUAUUUAAAUAUCCAUGGCUUAUAAUGCAUAAUUGACAUACAUAUUUUAAUAUAGCUUACAUAUUACAAAACAUUUACAGAACACAUACAUGAAAAAUAAUAUACGAAUUCAUUUAUCAAAUAAAAAAUAUUCUGCAAUAGCAAAUCUUUAUAGUAAAUUGUUAAAACUGUAUAGAGAUAUAUAUUUAUAUCUUAUACAUUAUGUAAAUCAUUAUUUCUCAAGUAUAUGAAGAGAGAGUUUUAUAUAGUCCAGUUUUUAAAUAUUAUCGAUUAUUUACGACAUAUACACGUAUCACUAUAUACAUUAAAAGUUGAAUUUGGGAUUUAUAAGCCAAUCGAAAAAGGAAUAAAAUACGAUAGGAUAACAUAACGUCAAUUUUAUAUUUCAUUAUUAUCUAUUUGAAGAAAGAUUUCAAAAAUUAACAUUAUAGAUCACAAUCCAUUUUAUUUUACGUAAUAUUAAGUAAUAUUAUUUUAUAACAUAACUAUAAUAUUUUCAAAUAUAAUGCAUAUCUAUAGAUUAAGCUUUGGACAGAUAAUAAUACUGCAUAUAAUACUGACAUGAAUAUACUUGCUAAUGUGUAAUUAGUUGCUAACGUAUAACGUAUAAUAUCUGUCCCAUUUGCUAAUCAAUAACUAAAAGUAUUUCAUUUUUAUUUGCAAAUAUAACAUCAUAAAAAAAUAAAAAAAUAUAAAAAAUAAAAAGAUAAUUAUGAGAAGUUGUAUGUUAAUUGAAGUUGUAUUAAAAAUUAAAAUAUUACGUCUUACAUCAUUGGAAAUGAUCUGCCAAAAAGGAAUGUUCAAAGUUUAAUAUUCCAUUUUUUUUCAUUUUCUCUAUGUACCAAUGUAUACAAAUGUAUACGAAGUUUUGGAAUACUAUAUAUAGGUACUUUGCAGAAAUCGCAGUAAAUCUCAAUAUUUGGUAAUUUUCGUUCAUCUCUAUAGAGGAAAAUAUAUUGGUAUUUAAUUAGUAAUAUAAAGUAACUGUUACAACAUAAUAUUCUUAUAUCAACUUACUCUGAAGCUAAAUUACGUAAUUCCUUAAUAUGAUUCGUCA